AUGGAAACCUGGUUUUGGAUUCUCGGUUGGUCUCUUUCCAUCUUAACCAUAGCUGGAAAUGGAUUUAUCGUCUUCCUCGUUUGCAGAAGACGGCGGCUUCGAACCAAAACCAACGUAUUUGUCGUUUCUCUUGCAGUGGCGGAUUUCUGUGUUGGGCUGGUUGCUUUUCUCCCACUUUUCGUCUGCGAGAAGACAACUGGAUGCAGCCCCGGCGCUUUUAAAGAAAACAGGGCCGUGGAAUUGAUAAGGUGGCUUUUUGCGUAUGCGUCUGUAACAAACUUGUGCAGUUUAGUCCUGGAUCGCUACAUAGCUGUUGUGAAGCCUCUCAAGUACCUAACAUUCAUGACGCGCAAACGUGUUUCUCAGAUGAUUUUUCUCUCUUGGGCACUUUCAAUUUUUGUUAUUUUCCCCUUCAUUCUAACAUGGCUAGCUUUUAACGACAACAGUUCUCUUUUCUUAAUUAAUUAUUGGAUAAUGAUGAUUUUCUUCGAGUUCCUGCCAUGCUGUGGUCUUAUCUUUUGGUUUGGUUCUAUGUUACAUGUGGUUUAUAAGCACGAACAAGCUGCCCGCAUUUUAGCAAAACAACUCCGCUUUAAUCGUCGAUUUUUGUUCAAAAGCGGGGAGAAGUCUGCUGUGAAAUUGAUGGCCAUUGUUAUUGGCCUAUUUAUUACAGUUGUCAUAAUUGCCUUGCAAUGUUUUCUUGUUUCCAUCCUGAAGGGCAAAAAAUCGUGUAAUGAUGAAGAAUUUAAAACACCUCUUCUCGUUUUAAACUCUGCCAUCAACCUUGUUGCUUACGCUCUGUUCAAGAGGGACAUAAAGGAGGAGGUAAAACGAAGCAUUCGCUGUGUGAUCUGA